AGGAGCGGGAGGAGAAGGAGAAGAAUAGCAGGAUCGUCACGCCCCUAGCUGCGCCGCCGCCGGAGUCGCCGGCGCUGCUCCCGAGGUGGGGGAUCCGGUCCAUGUGGCAGAUGGCGUCGCUGCUCAACUUCUUGCAUGUGUUUCGGCCGCUGUUGAAUAUUGCAGUGGAGUUCUCGGCGGAGGAGCUGGAGACGGCGUUGAUUACGCCAAACAACACGUUAGAUGAUGUGCAUAUUCCACUGUUAAAGGCAAUCCCACCAGUUACUCGCAUGGCUUUAGGUCGGGCCACAUGGGUUACUGUGUUAUGCAGGAAGUUGAGAGAUUGGUGGCAUUGGGUUGCUGAGGGAGAUAUUCCAAUUGUUGCCUCUCAUGGGGCGGAAGUUGAGACAUAUAAAACUCUUGAACCUGCGACUCGUGUAUUGAUUUUGAAAGCAUUAUGCGAUAUCCGUGUUGAGAAGCCAGGAGAUAAGCCUUGGAUGCACGAUGAAGACAUAGUAGUGCAAGAAGAUAUUAGAAGUUAUAUAGAAAAAUCUCUAAAACAUGGGAUUCAUCUUUCUGUAUUUCGUAGAGAACGGAUUGGUGGUGAUUCUCAUGGAAUCUCAUAUUGGUAUGAAGAUGACCCCAUUAUUGGGCACCGUUUGUAUCGCGAAAUUAGACAUGUUGAGGUGAAAAAAGCAAAGGCAAGGGGCCCUACACCCCUGCCUCAUGUAUCGUACCAGUGGGAAACAGUUGCAACAAAUUUAGAUGAAUUUGAGGAAGUCUCAGACAAGCUUAUUUCAAGUAAAAAUAGGACAGAAGCUGCACUUGGAAAGCGGUUGAAGAUUGACCUUCUUCCAGAGAUCGAGCAAAUCCACAAGAAGAAAGAAAGACUCUUGAAAAAGCAACAAAGACAAGCUCUUCUUCUUGAUAACUUUGUUACUACAGAUGGACUUUCUACUGGUCGAUCCCUUCGUGAUAGAAAACCUGUCACCUACACUUUUGAUGACUAUGACCGAUCUAUUAGUGAAGCUAUAAAAAUAACCAAGAAAAAACCGGACUCACCUGAACAUGUUAUUAAAAAGGAAGGUGGAGCUAAGCCCGAGACAUCCACAGAAGGUGAUGGUAAGCCCGAUCCAUCCAUAGAAGGUGGUGGUAAGCCCGAGCCAUCCACAAAUGGCAGAUUGAAUGGCACUUCAAAAGCCAUGAAACAAGUUUCUUAUGAAUCACAGUCCUCAAAAUCAACUGAUUAUGAAGAAUCUGAUGGUGAACUACAAUCUGAUACUCUUGAUCGUAGUAAUCGGCGGAGGAAAAGACCUCAAAGGUAUUCAGAAAAGGACUAUGUUGAAGCUGUUUCGGAUAAUGAGGCAGACUUCGACAGCGAUGAUGAUAUUGUUGGAGAAGCAGUAUAUGAUGACGAAUACCUCAAAAUCAAGAAGCAGAAGAAGGUGUCGAGUAGCUCAGAAGGAGAUGAGGAGUACCGGUGGGAGGAAAAUGAUGACGAAGACGAGGAAGGAGAGGAAGAAGAGGAGGAUUCGUUGAGUAUCAGCGAUGAAGAUAGUGACGAUAACCACAGAUACAAGAAACGCCCAACUCGAAGCAGGAGAGCAGCAAAGAAGAGAUCUGUUGAUGAGGUCAAGUCGGGUCUCAGACGAAGCAAGAGGGCUACAAAGCCCAGGUUCAACUACCGCCAGUAUGAACUGUCAGAAACUGAUGCAGAGUCUGAGAAGGCCGAGCAGUCCAACGCAUCUGAUGCAAUUUCAGAUGCCAGUAAUGAUAUGGAGCUUUCGACAGCAAGCCAAGAUUCUGAGGAUCACGAGGAAAAUGGUGAAGAAAUGUUGAAAGACGAGAAAAUGAAUGUGGAUUCUCCUAAUGAAGAUGUUGAGAAAGAGGAGGGUCAAUCAGUAGAGAAAGCUGAUGAGAGCCCUGUGCAAGGGGAAGGUGGUAAAAGGAGGCGGUUUUUAGACCUUAAUGAGCUUGCUCCAGGAACCGGUUUUGAGGAUGGGCCUAACUCCAUGACGAAGGAUGAAGAUACCGAUAACCCUUAGAAAUUUAGCCUCAUUGGUGCAGAAUUUUACGUGGACGGGCAUUUUUUUUUUUUAAGAUGGCAGAAGAUUCUCAAGUGUUGGAAUCUUCAGAUGGGCAAUGUUGGUGUUCUGAGGCAUAAUAUAAGCUAUAGAGAGGCACGCUACGAUCGGAAUUGCGAAGAGGAGAAUACGCCCUAUUGAUUCUUCCUUCAACGCCCUAGGAACCUCUCAGUGUACAAUAUCACCCCUUUCGAUGCUGUGAACAGUGUUGAGUGGAGAAUUAUGGGCUCUGAAUGUUUUAGCUGUUCAGUUCACCCUUAUUAGGGGGAUGUAAGUCAUUAGAUUUAGAUGUAUUGCUUUAGGAUUAAUCAUGAGAUAUAGGGGGAAUGUAUGAUCUUGUUGUAACGGCUAUUCCUAUUGUCAUAAGAAGCUGGUAUUGUGCUCAGGAUGGAUACUGAUAUUGAUGUUGCACGUUCUCACUAGUUCGUAAUGAUAUCUGCCGGCUACUAAUGAUUCUCAAGUCUGCCGCGUCUCA